UCUUCAGAAAGGCAGGUGAUGAGGACCAUACAGAAAGCAUAUUCAGGGCAUCAUACAAACUCUUUACCCAGGAUAUAGCUGGUGUCGUUGUAGUUUGCAUCGUCUAUGUUUUGGCGAUCAGUCUGCCACUGUUUCACCCUGUGCUCUGAGUAAAUUGUGCCUCUCAAGCGAGAGUCAGACCUGCUUGAACUAGUCUAACUUUAUUUAACUACAAACAGAGGAGGGUGUUUGCUCUGGGGUUUCACUAUCUAGAAGACUGAGGGUCAGGUUUUCAGAGGAGGGUGUUUGCUCUGGGGUUUCACUAUCUAGAAGACUGAGGGUCAGGUCUUCAGAGGAGGGUGUUUGCUGUGGGGUCUUUAUGUAGGAGACUGUUGUAGCCUGGACUGGACUGAGUAGUCGGUAACCACACCCACAGCUUUUAAAUACGAGCUAGAGAGUGGGGACUGGUAGGAGCCUGGACUGGACUGACUAGUCAGGAACCACACCCACAGCUUUUAAAUACGGGCUUGUGAAAGAACCCUCUCUCACACGCGCGCACACCUGCAACACCAGGGUGGGUCUGGAACAGAGGAAUAGGGAUUAACUUAACAUUGGUUUGUCACAUCGCGUCUUUCCUGUCUGUUGGAAGGUUAGAAGAUGGCUGUGAAUAAGUGUAUCAAGUACUCGCUCUUUCUCUUCAAUCUACUGUUCUGGAUCAGUGGCUGCAUCAUUCUUGGUGUCUCCAUCUACCUCAAAGUGAGCAAGAAUGCAAACGUGAUAAUGGAUGAGGCAGUGCCGUUUGUAGACCUGCUGAUAGCUGUUGGCGUCAUCAUCAUGGUACUGGGCUUCCUGGGCUGCUGUGGAGCCAUUAAGGAAAACCGAUGCAUGCUCAUUCUGUUCUUCAUCGGGCUGCUCCUCAUCUUCAUCCUCCUGUUGAUCGCCGGAAUCCUGGGAGCUGUCGGAGAGAAGAAGUCUCAGGUGUGGGUGAAGGAGAGUAUGGCGAAGCUGCUACCACUGAGGGACCAGAAGCCUGACGUUCAAACGGACUUGCAGAAACUGGAAGUGGAGGCAAAGUGCUGUGGACUGAUCAACGGACCCUCUGACUGGGGCUCCACUGUCCCCAGCUCUUGUAACUGUGUUGACACCGCUCAGGCGUGCCAAAGUGCAGAUGGACGCCAAGUGUACUCAACGCCUUGUGCCAAGUUUGUGACUUCGUUCAUGGAGAAGCACGCAAUCAUCGCGCUGGGGAUUGCAUUUGGUAUCGCAGUCUUGAUGCUCUUUGGAAUGGCCUUCGCCAUGACCCUGUACUGCCAGAUUGGGAAGAGGGACGCCAACACUGCCUAAAGCAGCAACACGUGGUACCACUUGAUCUGGGGUUGUGGUCAAGGUGAAUUAGAAGUCAUCAAUUCAGGAAGUCAACUGAAAUUCCAAUACAAUAAAUGAAGAAGAAAAAAAAAAGAUCUAUUUUCAAUGAUUUCUCAAACUGAAAAGCAGAAGUUAUUUAUUCCAAGUUUUUUUACAUUAGCAAUGUUAAAUACAAUUCACUUCCUCAAUUGACUGGCUUCAAUUCAAAUGGACCCCGAUCAUGACUUGAUCAAAAGCUGGCUUUGACAUGUCCCAUACAGCAUGCUUGGAACAUGUAUUUGAUACUCAACUUUGGGGUUCAAAUCUAGUCCAUUCAGGAAGUACACUGAAAUUCCAGUUCUCUUCAAUCAGGAACAUUUUGGAAUUAGGUUUGCUUUGUGAAUGGACUGGAACCCCCAACCUGCUGAACUAUGGACCACAAUGCAUCAUGUGUUUCUCCAUCAUUUACCUGCAUCAAAUGAUGCUGUGAUUUAGAUUUCAGAUCUUUGUUAAAAUUAUGGCAGUUUCUUCACUUGUGAAGUUGGUUGAUCCAUAUGUCCUUGAACCUGAAUUAGUGUGUUUUUCUUUAAAGGAGCUCUGUUUCAUUGUACUGCUCUACGUCUCUCUCUGAAUGGGGGGCUUCGCUGUCCAUACACUGAACUGUGUAUUAUUCAUGCUGAAAUGUUGAACUUUUUCCCCCGUUUUAUUGCUAUCAUCUCGUAGAUAUUAAAGUCUGACGGUAAAUAUUGAUCACGCUGUAUAUACAUUUAACCUGUUAUAUAUUUGAGUUGUAUAAUGAUUGCAGUACAUGUCAGAAUGUCUUCUGUUCAAGGCCUGUGACCAAUGUCUUUAUGGAUGUUCCCCUUUUUGAGGCACAUCAGAAAUAAAGAAGUAGUAACUCA